AUGGAUUCGACAAUCGACCUCCUCGACCCUUCCAAGGCCUUAGAUCUGAACUAUAUCCGUUACCAACUCAUUCGGCUAGAAGACACAAUAAUCUUCAACCUUAUCGAACGCGCUCAAUUCCCCUUGAAUCCAACAAUCUACACCCCUACUCCAUCCCUGCCACUUCCCGAUUUCAACGGUUCAUUCAUGGAAUGGAUGCUCUACCAACAAGAAUCCGUCUAUGCAAAAGUCCGACGAUACCAAGCACCAGAUGAAUACCCUUUUUUCCCUGAAGUCAAGCAAGUCGAACCGAUUUUAAAGCCAUUGGCUUAUCCGAAAUUAUUACAUCCGAAUAAUGUUAAUAUAAACACAAGGAUCAAGGAGGUUUACGUUAAUAGUAUUCUACCUGCGAUAUGUCGUCGCAGUGCGGUCGAGAGCACGGAGGGUGUGGAUAGUAAUAAAUCGGGCGAUAGAGGCGAACAGAUGGAAAACUAUGGAUCAACGGCUGUGGCUGAUGUAGCGGUUCUACAGGCUCUGUCCAGAAGAAUACAUUUCGGCAAGUUUGUCGCCGAAGCGAAGUUCUUGGAUGAUACUGAGGGGUUUACAAAAUUGAUCAAAGAAAGAAACUCGGAAGAAAUCGGGAAUAGGAUUACCAAGAAAAAAGUUGAAGAGGAGGUUUUGAGACGGUUGCGGUAUAAGACUCAGAUUUAUGGAAGGGAUCCUACGUUGAAGCCUGGUGAGGGAGGUUUAGAUGAUGAUGUUGGGGUUAAAAAAAUCGAUGUUGAGGCUGUGGUUAGGAUGUAUAGGGACUUCGUGAUUCCUCUGACAAAGGAUGUAGAGGUAGACUACCUUCUACAACGGCUAGAAACUCCCCAAACCGAUGAAAAGCCACCAGCCGGGAUCGCCUAA